CAAGGUCCGCUACCGGUAGCUAUGCUAACUAGCUAGCUGACAGUUUGUUGUGGCUUCAGCAACAGCUGAUUAAUCUGCUUCUGUCGGGAUAUUUACAUCGGUGACUAACUUGGUUUACCUGUCGGACGGUGACCAGCGCUGACACGUUGUUAAAACGAGCCCAGGAAGCCUGAAACUAAAAGUGGACUGACGGUUUUUUUUGCUAAUUAACUUACAUUAGCCACCUCGCCCACUAUGCUAACAUUAGCUAGCUGGCGUUAACUGUUAACCUUGAUAGACAGCUCACUGGUCUCCUAGCAACACAUGAGGUGCAACUAGCAAAGUUAUCCGAGCUAGUUGCACGUAGCACCGUUACCGGCUCACUGACAGUAAUGCAACUGAGGUAUAUCCAUUGUUAGACCAUAAUGAUGGCAGGUUCCCAGUGGGAGCUUCCUCCAGAGCUAUGUUGUCGGCCCAUGGCCUUCGUGGCUUUAACCGGUCUGGAUGUGGUGUACAACGCGGUACACCGGGCGAUUUGGGACGCCUUCUGUGCCAACCGGCGAGCUGACAGAGUUCCUAUCUCCUUCAAAGUCCUCCCAGGAGACCACGAGUACCCCAAAUGUCGCACUAAGCGAACGUCCUACGAGUGGUACAUCCCUAAAGGCAUCCUGAAGACAGGCUGGAUGAACAAACAUCUGAACCUAGUACCAGCUCUGGUUGUUCUAUUCUACGAACUGGACUGGGACGACCCACAGUGGAAAGAGAAGCAAUCUGAAUGUGCAACCAAAGUGGAGAUCGUCAGGACCAGUCUUCAGGGCAGGAACACCAAGGUGGCUGUGGUUCUGAUCCAGAAGAAAACUCCUCUACCUCCAGGAGAAGACCUGGUAGCAUCAGAGAGAGCAGCAGCUCUCUGCAACGCCUGUGACCUGUCUGGCAAGAGUCUCUUCGUGCUGCCACACACCGACCACUUAGUGGGCUACAUUAUAAGGUUGGAGAACGCUUUUUAUGAACAUGCUCAGACGUACUACUACACUGAGAUCCGUCGAGUCAAGUCACAUAAAGAGUUCCUCAACAAGACAACACAUCAGCUGCUGUUUGUCAGACACCAGUUUAAAAUCGCCUUCUUCAGUGAGCUGAAACAGGACACCCAGAAUGCUCUCAAGUACUACAGAACUGCAUACAGUCUGGUUCAUGAGCUCAGAGCCCACGAGACCAACAUGUUGGAGAUCAAAACCAUGGCAGGAUUCAUCAACUAUAAGAUCUGCCGUCUGUGUUUCCAGCACAACACUCCUCUAGAUGCUAUAGCCCAGUUCAGGAAGCACAUUGACCUGUGUAAGAAGAAGAUCGGCAGUGCUGAACUGGCCUUCGAGCACGCAGCGUGGAUGUCUAAACAGUUCCAGUCGUUUGGGGAGCUGUUUGAUGAAGCCAUAAAGUUGGGUCUGACAGCCAUUCAGACCCAGAACCCUGGUUUCUACUACCAGCAAGCUGCCUGUUACAGCCAGGACAGGAAACAGCUGGCUCAGCAGCUUUGUCAGGCUGGAGCAAGUCAACCUCCCCCUGAAGGAGGCGACACGCAGAGUGGAGGACUAGACUUCUACGGCCAGAGACUCUGGAGACAAGGACACCAGAGUAUCGAUCCUCCAGAUGCAGAGAAGGAGAAGACUGGGAUUCUGUCGCUGCAGAUUAAAGAGAGAGACGUACCUCAUUCUGAGCUGAUAAUAGCCCUCCUCAGUAACGCUGUGGCACAGUUUAAGAAGUACAAGUGCCCUCGAAUGAAGAGUCACCUCAUGGUGCAGAUGGGAGAGGAGUACUACCACGCUAAAGACUACACCAAAGCAUUAAAGCUGCUGGACUACGUGAUGUGUGACUAUCGUACGGAGCGAUGGUGGGGUCUCCUGACAGCCAUCCUGAGCACGGCCCUGCGCUGUGCUUAUCUGAUGGCCAGUGUUAAAGACUACAUGAUCUACUGCAUGGAGCUGCUAGGCAGAGCUUCGACUUUGAAGGAGGAACAAAAGUUGAGGAUUGAGAAGAAUCUCAUCAAAGUCUUGAUGAACGAGGUCCCUGAGGCCGAGCCGGAGUGUGACCCGUCCUCCGUCAGUGCAGCCAGGCUGCUGUGGAACGACCGCAUGGCCUUGGCCGGAUCCAACGAGUUCACUAUAGAAGUGCAGGACUACAUCCCAUUCGUUCAGUGUAAGGCCAAGUUCCAGGCUCCCAGUUUCCACGUAGACCAACCCAUCCAGCUCCAGGUUUUCCUCCGAGCCGACUGUCCUCAUCCGGUAUCGUUCAACAAGCUAGCUGUCAGCCUCAGUAACCAGGAGUACAACCAGUGGUGUGUGGUGGACUCUGCAGGUCAGGAGAGUAUGAGCCUGCUGCCUGGAAAAACCAAAUGCUUCAACUUCAGCUUCGUAGCGAAGACUGAAGACGUCGGCAAGAAGAUCGAGAUGACGGGUAUCGAGCUGAUGCUGGGCAGUGACCGUGGCCGCUGUGUGUUCCUGAGCUGGCGGGGGGCGGGCGGAGACGCCGCCUCUACCCACGAAGCCUUGCAGGCUAGCAGAUCGUCACGGCGAUGGGGGCGGGGCAUCGAAGCACGCCAAGAGCCGGACUGGGACGGCCUGACCAUGCAGCACAGCACCAUGAUCAUCUCCAGAGUCCCAAAGAUCUCCGUUCAGCUGAGCCACCAGCCUCCUGCACUCAACAAUGAAAUGUACUGCAUCAACCUCACCGUCCAAUCACAGGAAGGGGGCGUGGCCAAGGAUGUCAAACUGACAGCUGGCCUCAAACCAGGCCAGGAUGCCAACUUAGGCCAGACCACCCACGUGACACUGGACGGCUCAAAGGUUUGUGAUGAAUCUGCUCCUGCCCUGCUGCCUGACGUUCCUCUAGGGGAUCUGAAACCAGGAGAAAAGUUGGAGAGGUGUGUGUAUGUGAAGUGUGUGUCGACUGGACCGAGGGUCUUCCUGUUCCAUGUGGCCUACAGCAUCGACACCACAGUGGAAGGACGGCAGAUCGUCUGCAAAUGUCACAAGGAUGAGACGGUUACCAUAGAGACGGUGGUCCCAUUUGAGGUCUCUGUCAAGUUUGUGUCAACCAAGUUUGAGCCACUAGAGCGGGUGGCGGUGGACAUCCCCUUCCUGUUGAUGACGGACAUCCUGUCCUCGUCCCCCUGGCCGCUCCUGCUGGCCUCCUCCACGCUGCAGCUGCUCACCAUGACCACAAACACACCACAGACUCCCUCACAGCUGCAGGAAGUGGUUUUACAGACAGACGAGUGUGCCAGUGAGUGUUUCUGCCUGCGGUGUCCUCCACUGACCAGCAGCAGUAACACCAUAGCUACAGGACAGUACCUGAUAUCCUGGAGGAGGAAGUCGUCCAGUGCAGACAGUCCGCUCAUCCAAACGACCGUCACUCUGCCUCACGUCAUCGUGGAGUCUGUUCCUCUUUACAUCCACGCUGAUUUACCAUCGUUUGGACGAGUCAGAGAGUCUCUUUCAGUUCGCUACCACAUAGAGAACAGAUCGGCUCUGGUGCAGGAGGUGGAGAUGGCUGUGGAACCUUCUGAUGCCUUCAUGUUCUCUGGACUUAAACAGGUGCGUCUGCGGAUCCUCCCCGGCUCAGAGCAGCAGAUGCUGUAUAACUAUUACCCUCUGAUGGCUGGUUACCAAACACUACCACAGCUCAACAUCAGCCUGCCGCGCUGCCUGACCACCAACACACACACCCUGAGACGCUUCCUGCCCCAACGCAUCUUUGUCAAGCCUCAGGGUCGACAGUUGGAUGACGCCUCCAUCGCUGCAGCUUGAGAAGAAUACACAACUGUUUACUGUAAAUACAAACAAAGAAACAUUGUGCAGGUUGUUCUUAAUAUAUGAUUCCUCACAACAUUAACACUAUUUGACAUUGUUCUGUGAAAACUCACCAGGAAACCCCUCUGACCAAGCAUCAGGACACACUUGUUCCCAUGUUUCUGUUGUUAAAGUCAGUGUGAUGACUUGAAGCCCACUGAUCCACUGAUGAUCACUUAAUAACAGAACAAAUCCUUUAUCAAUCUGAUAUGAGUUGUAUGGAAUUUAGGUAAAGUUUAAUACAUGAAUAUUGAAUGUGAUAAAAAAGUUUAAUUAAACUGAAGUGAUGUAAACUA